AUGAUGAUCUCUUUCUUGUUCGUUGCAAUAACAACAUUAUCUAGCGUUCUUGGUGAAGACAACGACGUAGUUUUCGAUGAAGAUGGAUCGCCCAUUAAGGCCAACGUUCCUUACUACAUCAGCUUCAUGACUAUGGACUACGGAAUGUGGAUUUGUCGAAUGAGAUUUGGAUCGAAUGAUCCCAAGUCAUGCCCACAACAACCGGUAAUGUUCACUUAUCCACCUAUACCACCUACACCAGUUGUGUUCCUAUUACCAUCAACAGUGUCAGAUAAUAUUGUGCGUGAAUCAGCCAAACUUAGCAUUAAGUUUGUUAAUCCCCUCCAAUGCGGUGAAUCGGGGAUUUGGAGAGUCGUUCAGAGAAGCCCUCCUAUAGACGGUGAAGUAGUCUUGAAUGGAACUAAGUUAAGCAAUGACAGUACAUUCACCAUCCAUACAACCAAUGAAUAUUACAUGUUUCGUUUCGGUGAGGGUGACAGGCUAACGACUAUCAGUUUAUCUAACGAUCGUGGUAUACAGAGGUUGUUAUCGAAGAGGUAUUCUGGAGAGAUGGAGAUUUUAUUCUACCCAGCUAAGCGUUAA